AUUAUAAAGUUUGUGAAAAUUGCAUGUACGCUGUGUUUUCAAAAUGUAUUAACAAUAAAAAUAGUGCAUUAUACUAUUGAUUCAUCAAACAAAAUUUACGAGCGCAUUGUGUAAAUAUUAUGUAUUCUGAAAUGGAUUCUGCUCCAAAAUAUUCAACUACAAAUAUGAAUAAGUCAGUGGAAGAUUUGUUAAUAUCUAGUCGUGAAGUUAUGACUAAUGUAAGCUCCACUGGUUUGGAAAAUCAAAAUUCAACAACAAAUAUAGGAAAUGGUAUAUCAGAUAAUAUUCAAGAAACAUUGAGUGGAGGAAGUGGAGAACGUUGUAGUCCAGUUUCUAGCCCAAAUUUAUCUCCACGUCCUAGUCCAAAAGUGCGUAAUAAACGAGAUCACUCCAAAACAAAUUCUGAUUCAAACACCAAAGAAUCUAAUAGUAUGAACAAAUUGGAUGAACAUCAGUUACAUGAUAUAGCAAACAAAUCAUCAGAUUCUUCUCAAGCUGUGAAAAGUCUUCAUGAUGGAAAAAAAGAAACACGUAGUAGUGAACGAAAUAAGAAGAAGUCUUGGUAUAAUGUUUUAUAUCCAUCUUAUAAAUCUAGAUCUGAUGAUUUUAAGCGAAUAUUUAAAGAUGUACCAGAUGAUGAAAGAUUAGUUGUUGAUUAUUCAUGUGCACUACAGCGUGAAAUAUUAGUUCAUGGAAGACUUUAUGUUUCUCAAAAUUAUGUAUGUUUUUAUGCAAAUAUCUUCAGUUGGGAAACUGUAGUAUCUUUACGCUGGAAGGAUGUUACAUCUAUUACCAAAGAAAAAACUGCACUUGUUAUUCCAAAUGCAAUUUUAAUAUGCACUGCCAAUGAUAAGUUUUUUUUAACAUCUUUUGGUGCAAGGGAUAAAACAUAUGUGAUGUUAUUUCGUGUGUGGCAAAAUGCUCUUAUUGGUAAGCCAAUGAAUGCACCUGAAAUGUGGCAACUUGUACAUUCUUGUUAUGGAGAUGAAUUGGGUUUAACAUCUGAUGAUGAAGAUUAUGUUCCACCAUUACCUCCAGCUGAUGAAGAAAAGUUAUCAACAAGAUUAUCUGUAGAAUCGUUCUCAGAGGUAGAAGGUAGUAAUGUGGAACACUCUGUAAUGGGAGCAGAUGUAAUUACUGAAACAAAACCAGAUGUUCAUCAUUUGCCUAGACCAGAUCCUAUUAUUGAUGCAACAGAUCUGAGUGAUACAACAGAAAGUGAAGCUGAAAAGCAUGCAAUAAAACCAAGUGUUCGAAGCAGUAUACUAUGCACUUCACCACAUGAAGGUCGCCAAAUAAGCAAGGCUACAUUUCCUGUUCAUAUUGAUCAAUUAUUUACUUUGUUAUUUACAAAUUCAAAAUUUUUCUUAGAUUUCCAAACUGCUCGAAAAACUACUGAUUUAGUACAAUCAGCAUGGACACAAAAUGAGCAAACUGGUCAGAAAGUUAGAAAUUUAUCAUUUACAAUAGCACUGUCUCAAGCUAUUGGACCAAGAACUUGUCAUGUUUCAGAAACUCAGAUAAUGGUACCGUGUAGCAGACCAGGACAUUUAUACAGUAUCGAUGUAGAAAGCGUAAAUGGUGGUAUUCCGUAUGCAGAUUCGUUUUCCGUAUCAAUUCAUUAUUGUAUUACCAGCAUUUCUGAAAAUGAAACAAGUAUCGCAAUUUAUGCUCAAAUAAAGUAUAAAAAGAAUGUAUGGGGUUUUGUAAAAAGCGUUAUUGAGAAAAAUUGUUGGGCUGGCUUAGAUGAAUAUUUUACGAGUUUAAUAAAAGCAUUAACUAUAGAAUGUGAAGAAAGUAGUGGAAGUGGAGGAAUAAAGAGGAAAACAAGAAGAAGACGUCGUGCUACGGGCCCUGGUAUUUCUCUACAAACUCUUUCCUCAGAUCACACAUCCCCCACUUUACAAAAUUCUUUGAAUUUACCACAUAUUAAUGAUAACACUGUUUCUGGAACUCGGGGUGAUUCCAACAUGAUAAUUAGUUCAAUACUUUUGAUUGCUGUCUUGUGUUUGAUGGUAAUUAAUGGUUUGUUAUAUUAUAAACUAUGGGGUUUAGAAGAAGCUGCAGCUUAUACCAUUAUGGAUUUGCAUGUAUUAAAAAAUACACCAAAGACUGAAGAAGAUUGGAUUCACUUGUUGCAACAGCAAGAAAGUUUGCAUAAUGUAGAAAUGAGAAAAUGGCAAAGGGUAUUACAUACAGCUGCACAAUUACUUAGACAAACAGAAGAAUCACUAACAGAACUACAAAUGAGUAUUCACCCUACUGCAACAGAAAAAAUGUUUUCUGUUUUAAAACCAAGUUUAAAGAGCUUUAAUUCACGUACAGAAGAGCGAAGUCAUUCAGAAAUGUAA